AAUAGGGAUGAUACACACGAUACAUCUUACUUCCGUUGACAAUGAUGGAGACGCAAUACGCUGUGAGAAUUCGGAAUAUGUGGAAUCUUCAGGCAUGGGAAAUUUUGUAAAGAGCUUAACAAAUCAAAGUCUUAUUUCCCUUAAUCGAACGACAUGUGUAAUGAAUAUAGAUGUCAAUCAAAGCUAUUUUCAUGAGAAUGACACAUUCGGUGUAGCAGUCACGGUAAAAGACUACGGCACACAUCCGUUAACAAUUCAGACUACAACACUGGUGCCUCAUAUUCCAUAUAAAAACGUUAUUGGAAGGGUUGUGGCAUUGAUGUACUUCAAAAUUACGGGAAAAACAGAUCCCCCUACCAUCAUUCCACCUACACCAGGUAAUAACCAGGAGUACACUAUUUAUGUUGGAGGAGAUUUUCAUGUCGAUGUUUAUGCCAAAGCAACAGUUGGCAGGAAGAUUGUGCGAUUUGAUUUUCUUCGACGGGAUGGUAAACCGGUCAACCAUACAGAAAUUCAAAAUGCAUCUAAUAUCAGUGAUAAUGCUGUAUUUAUAUCAAUGAGCUGGUCUCCAACAAAAGUUGACAAAGGCCAUCAUAUCCUAUGUGCAAAUGCUGAAGAUAAUGAAAGGACAAUGACUGUGGAUUUACACUGCUUUCGCAUUGUUGUCAAAGAAAAUAUAUUUCGUCCAACAGCUAAAGAAACAGAAAAGCCCUAUUUUGUGUCAUUCCCAGAGCCAACAGAUUUAAAAUGCAAAAAGGACACCUAUUGUCGAUUUCCUGUUUAUGCGACUACUACACAUGCUGGAGGCAUCACAAGUAUCAUUAGCACACCUGAGAGCAAGGAGAACGUAACCAUUCAAUACAGCAGGGAACUCGUUGAUGGAACAAUUGAUGCUAAAGUGGCCCAAGUAGAAUUUUUUGCCAGUCAGGAAGGUGCCCGGCAAAUUUGUUUAAAAGCAUCAGACAGUCAUGCUUUCUCAGACAGGUGUCUUUAUGUUACGGUAGAAUUACCAGAUCCCUGUGCAUCAGAACCUUGCCAAAAUUUGGGAAGCUGUCAGUCAUUCGAUAACAACACCAGAUAUAACUGUUUCUGUAGGAAUGGAUUCAGUGGAAAUCUUUGUGAAAAAAGAAAUAAGCCAUGUGACCCCAAUCCAUGUCUUUUUAACGGAUCAUGUCAUGAAGUUCCGUUGCCUCCUUAUUUCUUUUGCAUAUGUGUUGACGAAAGAAAAGGCGAUCUUUGCGAUAUUGACCGAUGCCAGGCACAUCCAUGCAAUGCUACUCAAGUUUGUCAGACGUCUGGAUCCGAUGUUUGUAUUCCCAAACAAGAGCAUGGACAAGACACAACAACAGUAGCAUCUGGUACUCAUGACCAAGGAACUCCAGUAUCAAAUGUUUAUUAUAGAAAUAAUACAACAGUUUCUGGUUCUGAAAACCAAGGGGCAACAGCACGAACAACAUCUGGUCAUAACGCAACACAAGCAGCAUCUCGACCUGUUGUAAAUACACCAACAACAUCUGGUUAUGGUUCAAUAACACCAAAUGCGUCUGGUUCUGGUGCUAUUACAUCAACACUAUCUGGUCAUGUUGCAAUUACAUCAGUAGCAUCUGGUUCUGAUGAUGUUACAGCAACUAGAUCUGGUGUUAGUACACCAAUAGGAUCUGGUCUUGGCGCUAAUAUACAAAUAUCAUCUGGUCAGGGACAAUCUGCACCAACAUCAACUGAUCAUGGUGCAACGACAUCAAUAUUAUCUGGUAAUAGUGCAACUAUUCCAACAUCAACUGGCCAUGGUGCAACUACUCCAACAUUAUCUGGUAAUGGUGCAACUACUCUAACAACAUCUGGUUAUGGUGCAACUACACCAACAUCAUCUGGUCAUGGUGCAACUACAUUAACAUCAUCUGGUCAUGGUGCACCUACAUUAACAUCAUCUGGUCAUGUUGCAACUACACCGACAUCAUCUAGUCAUGGUGCAACUACACCGACAUCAUCUGGUCAUGGUGCAACGACAUCAAUAUUAUCUGGUAAUGGUGCGACUACACCAACAUUAUAUGGUAAUGGUGCAACUACUCCAACAUUAUCUGGUCAUGCUGCGACUACAUUAACAUUAUCUGGUAAUGGUGCAACUACACCAACAUCAUCUGGCCAUGGUGCAACUACUCCACCAUCAUCUGGUCAUGGUGCAACUACAUCAACAUUAUCUGGUAAUGGUGCAACUACAUCAAUAUUAUCUGGUAAUGGUGCAACUACUCCAACAUCAUCUGGUCAUGGUGUAACUACAUCAACAUCAUCUGGCCAUGGUGCAACUACAUCAACAUUAUCUGGUAAUGGUGCAACUACAUCAACAUUAUCUGGUAAUGGUGCAACUACACCAACAUCCUCUGGCCAUGAUGCAACUGGAACAAUCACAGAGAGUCAUUGUGAUGUUUUGAAAGCCAAAGAAAGAGCGAAAAAGGGACGAGUGGAGUGUUUUUGUCCAUAUCCAACUUCAGGUGCAAGGACAAAGGUGAUUACUUUGAACCCUCGAGUUUCACUAGAGAGGUUGUUACUGGCAGCGGCCCUUGGAUCAGGAGCUAUGAUCAUAAUCCUUGGAUUGGUUGCUCUGUUAUACGUCAUCACUCAAAAAUGUUUCACUUCUAACAAGACACACACUGAGCUUAAUCCAGAAGAAAAACCACCAAAGAAGAAAAUAAGCACUGUUUGCAUGACUGACAAAAAGAAAUAG